AUGGGUUUCCUGAGUACAGGGGACCAGUCAGCCAAGGGGAACUAUGGUCUGUUGGACCAGAUCCAGGCCCUGCGUUGGCUCAAUGAGAACAUCGGACAUUUUGGCGGCGACCCCGAGCGCAUCACCAUCUUCGGCUCCGGCGCCGGCGCGUCCUGCGUCAACCUCCUCAUCCUCUCGCACCACUCCGAGGGGUUGUUCCAGAGGGCCAUAGCCCAGAGUGGCUCAGCCAUCUCCAGCUGGUCGGUCAACUACCAGCCCCUCAAGUACACCAAGAUCCUGGCCCGGAAGGUAGGCUGCAGCCACUCAGAGACGGCAGAAUUGGUGGACUGCCUGAGGAAGAAGAACUUCAGGGAGCUGGUGGAUCAGGACAUCCAGCCGGCACGCUACCACAUCGCCUUCGGACCCGUAGUGGACGGAGACGUGGUGCCGGACGACCCGGAGAUACUCAUGCAGCAGGGGGAGUUCCUGAACUAUGACAUCCUGAUAGGAGUGAACCAGGGAGAGGGGCUGAAGUUUGUAGAUGACAGUGAAGACAAUGAUGGGAUCUCAGCUGCAGCGUUCGACUACACCAUCUCUAACUUUGUGGACAAUCUCUAUGGAUAUCCUGAGGGUAAGGACAUCCUGAGAGAGACCAUUAAGUUCAUGUACACUGACUGGGCCGACCGUGACAACGGAGACAUGAGGAGAAAAACCCUCCURGCCCUGUUCACGGACCACCAGUGGGUGGCGCCGGCGGUGGCCACGGCCAAACUGCACGCCGAGUUCCAAUCUCCUGUUUACUUCUACACAUURUACCACCACUGUCAGACGGAGACGCGGCCAGAGUGGGCGGACGCAGCCCACGGGGAUGAGAUCCCCUARGUGUUCGGAGUGCCCAUGAUCGGAGCCACCGACCUGUUCCCCUGCAACUUCUCUAAGAAUGAUGUCAUGCUCAGUGCUGUAGUCAUGACGUACUGGACAAACUUUGCUAAGACGGGGGACCCCAACCUGCCGGUGCCUCAGGACACCAAGUUCAUCCACACCAAGCCCAACCGCUUUGAGGAGGUCAUCUGGACCAAGUUCAACUCCAAGGACAAGCAGUACCUCCACAUUGGUCUGAAGCCCCGCGUCAGGGACAACUACCGAGCCAACAAGGUGGCCUUCUGGCUGGAGCUGGUCCCUCACCUACAUUCCCUCCAUGACGAAUUCCCCCCCACCACCAGGCUACCUCCAGGCAGCACCCGCCCCCCCGGGGUCCCCUGGAAGCCCAAACCCCGCACCACAGGCCACCCCUACCCCACAUUCCCUGACCCCGUGGAGCCCUACGGAUCAGAGCGGCCCAGACUGGACCUCUUCCCCGGUGACACACGGGAUUAUUCCACAGAGCUGUCGGUGACKGUGGCGGUGGGGGCGUCGCUACUCUUCCUCAACAUCCUGGCAUUCGCCGCGCUCUACUACAAGCGGGACAAGCGGCAGGAGAUGCGGCGCCACCGGCUCUCCCCGCAGCGCCACGGCGGGCCCGCCAACGACCUGGCGCACAGCCAGGAGGAAGAGAUCAUGUCCCUGCAGAUGAAGCACUCGGAGCACGACCCGCACCACGACAUGGAGCCCCUCCGUCCCCACGACAUCAUGCGGCCCGCCUGCCCGCCCGACUACACUCUGGCCCUGCGGAGGGCCCCGGACGACGUGCCCCUCAUGACCCCCAACACCAUCACCAUGAUCCCCAGCACCAUCACCGGCAUGCAGCCCCUCCACCCCUUCAAUACCUUCCCCAGCACCGGCCACAACAACACCCUGCCCCACCCCCACUCCACCACACGCGUAUAG